CGGUCUGACUCCUAACACAGAGUAUAUGUUCAGAUGCAGAGCAGUGACCUCAGUAGGUGUUGGACCAGCUGGUGAAGUCAGUGGUCACAUUAAAACUUUACCUUGCAGCCCUCCUGGAAAACCUCAAGUUGAAACAAACUCAAGUGAGAUAACAGUUAGCUGGGAGAAACCUGCAGAGAUUGGACAAGAUGUCCACAUUUUGAGCUACAUCGUGGAGUAUGCCCAAACAGACAAAGAGGUGAAAGAAGAAAAUCUCCAGUGGAACCAAAUGGUGUCAAGAACUGAAAAGGGGAUAAUUUCAGGUCUUCAGUCAGAGACAGAAUAUGCUGUCAGGGUCAGAUGUGACUGUGGUGUAGCUGGUAGAAGCAAAGAAAGCAUCACUGUGAAUGUCUGCACAAAAAAAUGUGAAUUUGCACGUCUCGCUGAAUUCAUGAAACAUAUUAGCAAGAGAAUAAAUUGUGGAUCCCCCUCAAUUUACAAACUGCCUCUGAAAGAAGAAGACAUGAACAUAGAUGGUUGCCGGACAUAUAACUUUGGCAAAGAAAACAGGAGACAAAAUCGUACCAUAAUGCUUCUUGGAGCAACUGGAUCAGGAAAGUCCACUCUCAUCAAUGGAAUGAUCAACUACAUUGUUGGUGUAGAUCGGAAGGAUGAUUUCAGAUUUAAAUUAGUUGAUGAGGAUCAGUCCAAAUCACAAGCUGAAAGCCAGAUCUCUGAAGUGAAUGUGUACAAAAUCAACCACCAAGACGGGUUUCAAACCCCCUUCUCUCUGACCAUUGUGGACACUCCAGGCUUUGGCGAUACAAGAGGAAUUGGAAGAGACAAAGAAAUCACAGAGCAAAUCCGGAGGCUUUUCACCUCUAAGAAUGGAGUCAGUGAGAUUGAUGCAGUGUGCUUUGUUACUCAGGCCUCUCUUGCACGACUAACAGCAACACAGCGAUAUGUGUUCGACUCAGUGCUCUCCAUUUUUGGCAAAGAUGUGGCAGAGAACAUUCAGAUGCUGGUGACUUUCGCAGAUGGUAAGCAGCCACCGGUUCUUAAGGCAAUAAACGUCUCUGGGGUUCCAUGCCCCAAAAAAGACUCAGGGCUUCCAGUUCACUUCAAAUUCAACAACUCUGCAUUGUUUGCAGACAACAGAUGCAGCAGUGACAGGACCUGUGAGGAAGAUUCUGAUGAGGAUGAUGAGAAGUUUGAUGAAAUGUUUUGGAACAUGGGUGCCAAAAGUAUGCAGAAGUUCUUCACUGUUUUGGGUCAAAUGAAAACCAAAAGCUUACUCAUGACCCAGGAGGUUCUGAAAGAACGAAAGCACCUCGAAGCAGCUGUUGAAGGUUUGCAACCGCAAGUUAAAGCUGGAUUAGCAAAACUUGAAGAAAUUAAGACAACAAAAGAAAAAAUGAAAGAGCAUGAAACAGUCAUGAUUUCAAAUGAAAACUUUGAGAUUGAGGUGGAUAUUAUUAAGCCAGUCCAAAUACAGCUCACAAACAAAGGAGAGUUCAUUACCAACUGCCAGAAAUGUUCAGUGACAUGCCACUACCCAUGUGGAAUAGCCAAUGAUCUUGCAAAACGUGGCUGUGCAUCAAUGGAUGGAACAGGAAUGUGCACUGUCUGCCCUGGAAAAUGCGUUUGGAGUGUGCAUUUCAACCAGACAUACAGGUGGGAGUAUGUUUCAGUAAAAGAGAAGAGGACAGUGAAGGAGUUAAAAGACAGGUAUGAAAAUGCUACGAAAGAAAAGCUGACGAUUCAAGAACUGAUUGAGAGGCAAGAAGAAGAGAUUGUUCACCUUCAACAGAUGAUAGUGUCCCUCAUGGAUCAGUCAGCUCACUCUAUAACUCGUCUACAAGAGAUCGCCCUCAGGCCUAACCCUCUGACCACUCCAGAGUACAUUGACAUGCUGAUUGAAGGAGAAAAGUCAGAGGCCAAAGAGGGUUACAAGGCCCGAAUUCAGUCUCUGGAGGCCAUGAAGGACAAAGCUAAAAUCAUCUCCAAAAUACCCAAACGAGAUAAGCUUACAAAAACAGAGGAGGAGUUAUCAGAAGAAAAAAUGAAGAAAGACGAAAAGAAAGGUUUAAUGACGAAAUUUCGAAAUUUCUUUGGACUUUAG